CCCGGCCCCCGGCGCCCGGCCCGGCAGCAGGCGCAGCGGCGGCCGCAGGGGCAGCGGCGCGGGCAGCGGGGGGCGCGGGGCCGGCCGGCCGGAGCCAUGGCCGAUACGGGCGAGGGCGAGGACGAGAUCCAGUUCCUGCGGACCGACGACGAGGUGGUGCUGCAGUGCACGGCGGCCGCCCACAAGGAGCAGCAGAAACUGUGCCUGGCGGCCGAAGGGUUUGGCAACAGACUCUGCUUCCUGGAGUCCACCUCCAACUCCAAGAAUGUCCCCCCAGACCUCUCCAUCUGCACCUUUGUGCUGGAGCAGUCCCUCUCUGUCCGGGCCCUCCAGGAGAUGCUGGCCAACACGAUGGAGAAGUCAGAAGGGAAAUUCAUGAUGAAGACGGCUCAAGGGGGUGGCCACCGGACACUCCUCUACGGACACGCCAUCCUGCUGCGCCACUCCAACAGCGGCAUGUAUCUGUGCUGCCUGUCCACCUCCCGGUCUUCAACGGACAAGCUGGCCUUUGACGUUGGCUUGCAAGAGGACACAACAGGCGAGGCUUGCUGGUGGACCAUACACCCCGCCUCCAAGCAGCGGUCUGAGGGGGAGAAGGUGCGCGUUGGCGAUGACCUCAUCUUAGUGAGCGUGUCCUCCGAAAGGUACCUGCACCUGUCCUAUGGCAGCGGCAGCGGCAGCCUGCACGUGGACGCCGCUUUCCAGCUGACGCUCUGGAGCGUGGCCCCCAUCAGCUCUGGAAGUGAAGCGGCCCAAGGGUACCUGAUUGGCGGGGACGUCCUGCGGCUGCUGCACGGACACAUGGAUGAGUGCCUCACCGUCCCCUCUGGGGAGCAUGGGGAGGAGCAGCGGAGGACUGUACAUUAUGAAGGUGGGGCCGUGUCUGUCCACGCCCGCUCCCUGUGGAGACUGGAGACGCUGAGAGUUGCGUGGAGCGGGAGCCACAUACGGUGGGGCCAGCCUUUCCGACUGCGGCACGUCACCACGGGCAAGUACCUGAGUCUCCUGGAAGACAAGAACCUUCUGCUCAUGGACAAAGAGAAGGCCGACGUGAAGUCCACGGCCUUCACCUUCCGCUCUUCCAAGGAAAAAUUGGAUGCAGGGGUGAGAAAAGAAGUUGAUGGCAUGGGAACCUCUGAGAUCAAGUACGGAGACUCGGUCUGCUACAUACAACAUGUGAGCACAGGCCUGUGGCUGACGUACCAGGCUGUGGACGUGAAGUCUGUGAGGAUGGGAGCCAUACAACGCAAGGCCAUCAUGCAUCACGAAGGCCACAUGGACGACGGCAUCAACUUGUCCAGGUCGCAGCAUGAGGAGUCCCGGACCGCACGGGUCAUCCGGAGCACUGUCUUCCUUUUCAACAGGUUUAUAAGGGGCCUGGAUGCUCUGGGCAGGAAGGCGAAGGCGCCCCCCGUGGACUUGCCCAUCGAGUCGGUCAGCCUGAGCCUGCGGGACCUCAUCAGCUACCUGCACCCGCCGGCUGAGCACCUGGAGCACGAGGACAGGCAGAACCGGCUGCGGGCCCUGAAGAACCGGCAGAACCUCUUCCAGGAGGAGGGGAUGAUCAGCCUCGUGCUCCAGUGCGUGGACCGGCUGCACGUCUACAGCAGCGCCGCCCACUUUGCCGAGGUCGCUGGCCGAGAGGCGGGGGAGUCCUGGAAGUCCAUUCUGAAUUCCCUGUAUGAGUUACUAGCGGCUCUCAUUAGAGGAAAUCGGAAAAACUGCGCCCAGUUUUCUGGCUCCCUCGACUGGCUGGUCAGCCGACUGGAAAGACUGGAAGCUUCUUCUGGUAUUCUUGAAGUUUUGCACUGUGUGCUAGUAGAAAGUCCAGAAGCGCUAAAUAUUAUCAAAGAAGGGCAUAUUAAAUCCAUCAUUUCACUUUUAGACAAACAUGGAAGAAAUCACAAGGUUCUGGACGUCCUGUGCUCUCUCUGUGUUUGCCACGGGGUGGCAGUCCGCUCCAAUCAGCAUCUCAUCUGUGACAAUCUCCUGCCUGGAAGGGACCUGUUACUGCAGACACGCCUCGUGAACCACGUCAGCAGCAUGAGACCCAACAUUUUUCUGGGCGUCAGCGAAGGCUCUGCUCAGUAUAAGAAGUGGUACUAUGAGCUGAUGGUGGACCACACCCAGCCCUUCGUGACCGCCGAGGCCACCCACUUGCGUGUGGGCUGGGCGUCCACGGAAGGGCACUCUCCGUACCCCGGCGGCGGUGAGGAGUGGGGCGGGAACGGCGUCGGGGACGACCUCUUUUCCUACGGAUUCGACGGCCUGCACCUGUGGGCAGGCUGUAUCGCCAGCACCGUGAGCUCGCCAAACCAGCACCUGCUGAGGACCGAUGACGUCAUCAGCUGCUGCUUAGAUCUCAGUGCCCCGAGCAUCUCAUUCCGAAUCAAUGGGCAGCCCGUCCAGGGAAUGUUUGAGAAUUUCAACAUCGAUGGCCUCUUCUUCCCCGUUGUCAGUUUCUCUGCAGGAAUCAAGGUCCGCUUUCUGCUCGGAGGGAGACACGGAGAAUUUAAAUUCCUUCCCCCUCCGGGCUAUGCUCCUUGCUAUGAAGCGGUGCUGCCAAAAGAAAAGCUGAAGGUGGAACACAGCCGGGAGUACAAGCAGGAGAGAACGUACACCCGGGACCUGCUGGGCCCCACAGUUGCCCUGACCCAAGCCGCCUUCACGCCGGUCCCCGUGGACACCAGCCAGAUUGUGUUGCCCCCCCACCUGGAGAGGAUAAGAGAAAAGCUGGCAGAGAACAUCCAUGAGCUCUGGGUUAUGAAUAAAAUUGAACUUGGCUGGCAGUAUGGCCCGGUCAGAGACGACAACAAGAGGCAGCACCCCUGCCUGGUGGAGUUCUCCAAGCUGCCGGAGCAGGAGCGCAACUACAACCUGCAGAUGUCGCUGGAGACCCUGAAGACCUUGUUGGCAUUAGGAUGCCAUGUGGGCAUAUCAGAUGAACACGCUGAGGAAAAGGUGAAAAAGAUGAAGCUACCCAAGAAUUACCAGCUGACAAGUGGCUACAAGCCGGCACCGAUGGACCUGAGCUUUAUCAAACUCACCCCGUCUCAGGAAGCAAUGGUGGACAAACUGGCAGAAAAUGCUCACAACGUGUGGGCCCGGGACCGGAUCCGGCAGGGCUGGACCUACGGCAUCCAGCAGGACGUCAAGAACAGGAGAAACCCGCGCCUGGUGCCCUACACCCUUCUGGAUGACAGGACCAAGAAGUCCAACAAGGACAGCCUCCGGGAGGCGGUGCGCACGCUGCUGGGGUACGGCUACAGCCUGGAGGCGCCCGACCAGGACCACGCUGCCCGAGCCGAAGUGUGCAGCAGCCCCGGGGAGCGGUUCCGGAUCUUCCGGGCUGAGAAAACCUACGCCGUGAAGGCGGGAAGGUGGUACUUUGAGUUCGAGACUGUCACCGCUGGGGACAUGCGCGUUGGCUGGAGCAGGCCGGGCUGCCAGCCUGAUCAGGAGCUGGGCUGCGACGAACACGCCUUCGCCUUUGACGGCUUCAAGGCCCAGCGGUGGCACCAGGGCAAUGAGCACUACGGGCGCUCCUGGCAAACGGGCGAUGUCGUGGGAUGCAUGGUGGACAUGACAGAGCGCACCAUGAUGUUCACGCUGAACGGCGAAAUCCUUCUUGACGACUCAGGGUCAGAGCUGGCUUUCAAGGACUUUGAUGUUGGCGAUGGAUUCAUACCCGUGUGCAGCCUUGGGGUGGCUCAGGUGGGAAGGAUGAACUUUGGAAAGGACGUGAGCACCUUGAAGUAUUUCACCAUUUGUGGCUUACAGGAGGGCUACGAGCCGUUCGCCGUUAACACCAACAGGGACAUUACCAUGUGGCUAAGCAAGCGACUUCCUCAGUUCCUCCAGGUUCCUUCAAACCACGAACAUAUUGAGGUGACCAGAAUAGACGGCACCGCGGACACCUCCCCAUGUUUAAAGAUCACUCAGAAGUCCUUCAGUUCCCAGAACAGCAGCACGGACAUCAUGUUCUACCGGCUGAGCAUGCCCAUCGAGUGCGCAGAGGUCUUCUCCAGGACGGCGGCCGGCGGGCUCCCGGGGGCCGGCCUCUUCGGGCCCAAGAGUGACCUGGAGGAUUACGACGCGGAUUCUGAUUUCGAGGUUCUGAUGAAGACAGCUCACGGCCAUCUGGUGCCCGAUCGGGUGGACAAGGACAAAGAAGCUACAAAGCCAGAGUUUAACAACCACAAGGAUUACGCGCAGGAGAAGCCCUCUCGUCUGAAACAGAGAUUCUUGCUGAGAAAGACAAAGCCGGAUUACAGCACGAGCCACUCCGCGAGGCUCACUGAGGACGUCCUAGCGGAUGACCGGGACGACUACGAAUACCUGAUGCAGACGUCCACGUACUAUUACUCGGUGAGGAUCUUCCCUGGACAAGAGCCGGCCAGUGUCUGGGUGGGCUGGGUCACGGCCGACUUCCACCAGUACGACACGUGCUUCGACCUGGACAGAGUUCGCACAGUGACCGUGACUCUGGGAGAUGAGAAAGGGAAGGUGCACGAAAGCCUGGCCAUUGACUCGCUGUGUGGCUUUGGCAUCAAACGCAGCAACUGCUACAUGGUGUGCGCGGGCGAGAGCAUGAGCCCCGGGCAGGUCCGCAACAACAACGGGCUGGAGAUCGGCUGCAUGGUGGACGCCGCCAGCGGGCUGCUCACCUUCACGGCCAACGGCAAGGAGCUGAGCACCUACUACCAGGUGGAGCCAAGCACCAAAUUAUUUCCUGCAGUUUUUGCACAAGCCACAAGUCCCAAUGUCUUCCAGUUUGAGUUGGGAAGAAUAAAGAACGUGAUGCCUCUCUCGGCGGGCCUCUUCAAGAGCGAGCACAGGAACCCCAUGCCUCAGUGUCCCCCGCGCCUCCACGUGCAGUUCCUGUCCCACGUUCUGUGGAGCCGGAUGCCCAACCAGUUCCUGAAGGUGGACGUGUCGCGGGUCAGCGAGCGCCAGGGCUGGCUGGUGCAGUGCGUGGACCCGCUGCAGUUCAUGUCCCUGCACAUCCCCGAGGAGAACAGGUCCGUGGACAUCCUGGAGCUGACGGAGCAGGAGGAGCUGCUGCACUUCCACUCGCACACGCUGCGGCUCUACUCGGCCGUGUGUGCCCUGGGCAACCACCGCGUGGCGCACGCGCUCUGCAGCCACGUGGACGAGGCGCAGCUGCUGUACGCCAUCGAGAGCAAGUACAUGCCCGGCCUGCUGCGCACGGGCUACUACGACCUGCUCAUCGACAUCCACCUGAGCGCCUACGCCACCGCGCGGCUCAUGAUGAACAACGAGUACAUCGUGCCCAUGACCGAGGAGACCAAGAGCAUCACGCUCUUCCCCGACCAGCACAAGGAGCACGGGCUGCCGGGCAUCGGCCUCAGCACCUCGCUGCGGCCGCGCAUGCGCUUCUCCUCGCCCAGCUUCGUGGGCCUCAACCACGACUGCUACCAGUACAGCCCCGAGUUCCCCCUGGACACGCUCAAGACCAAGACCAUGCAGAUGCUGACGGAGGUGGUGCAGGAGGGCGGCCUGCGCGCCAGGGACCCGGUAGGGGGCACCACCGAGUUCCUCUUCGUGCCGCUCAUCAAGCUCUUCUACACGCUGCUCACCAUGGGCGUCUUCCAAGGGGAGGACCUGAAGCACAUCCUGCAGCUCAUUGAGCCCCGGGUGUUCAGGGAGGCCUUCCCGGAGGAGGAGGACCAGGCGCCCUCCAAGGAGCCCCACCCCGAGGAUGCCAGGCCCGAGGGCAUGCGUGGGGACGCUGCAGAGGGGCUGCUGCAGAUGAAACUGCCCGAGCCCGUGAAGCUCCAGAUGUGCCUGCUCCUCCAGUACCUCUGCGACUGCCAGGUCCGGCACCGCAUCGAAGCCAUCGUGGCCUUUUCCGAUGACUUUGUCGCCAGGCUCCAGGACAACCAGCGCUUCCGCUACAACGAAGUCAUGCAGGCCCUGAACAUGUCAGCCGCGCUCACAGCCCGGAAGACGAAGGAGUUCAGGUCGCCCCCACAAGAGCAGAUCAAUAUGCUUCUCAAUUUUAAGGAUGACAAAAACGAGUGUCCAUGUCCAGAGGAAAUCCGAGACCAACUCUUAGAUUUCCAUGAAGAUCUGAUGGCACAUUGUGGCAUCGAGCUGGAUGACGAUGGGUCUCUGGAUGGACACAGUGACCUAACCAUCAGAGGGCGCCUGCUGUCCCUGGUGGAGAAGGUGACGUCCCUGAAGAAGAAACAAGCUGACAAGCCAGCGGAGAGCGACUCUGACAAGUCCUCCACUCUUCAGCAGCUGAUCUCUGAGACGAUGGUGCGGUGGGCUCAGGAGUCUGUCAUCGAGGACCCCGAGCUGGUGAGGGCCAUGUUCGUGCUGCUGCACCGGCAGUAUGACGGCAUUGGGGGGCUGGUCCAGGCCCUGCCCAAGACCUACACCAUCAGCGCCGUCUCCGUGGAGGACACCAUCAACCUGCUGGCCUCCCUGGGCCAGAUCCGCUCUCUGCUGAGCGUGAGGAUGGGCAGAGAAGAGGAAAAGCUCAUGAUUCGGGGAUUAGGGGACAUUAUGAAUAAUAAAGUGUUUUACCAGCACCCGAAUCUCAUGAGGGCACUGGGGAUGCAUGAGACGGUGAUGGAGGUCAUGGUGAACGUCCUUGGUGGUGGGGAGUCCAAGGAGAUCACCUUUCCUAAGAUGGUAGCCAACUGUUGCCGUUUCCUCUGUUACUUCUGUCGGAUCAGCCGGCAGAACCAAAAGGCUAUGUUUGACCAUCUCAGCUACUUACUGGAAAAUAGCAGUGUUGGUCUAGCUUCGCCAGCGAUGAGAGGUUCAACGCCCCUGGAUGUGGCGGCAGCUUCAGUGAUGGACAACAAUGAGCUGGCCUUAGCUCUGCGUGAGCCGGACCUGGAGAAGGUCGUCCGGUAUUUGGCCGGCUGUGGACUGCAGAGCUGCCCGAUGCUAGUGGCCAAGGGCUACCCAGACAUCGGCUGGAACCCAGUCGAAGGGGAGAGAUACCUCGACUUUCUCAGAUUUGCUGUUUUCUGCAACGGGGAGAGCGUGGAGGAGAACGCGAAUGUGGUGGUGCGGCUGCUCAUCCGCAGGCCCGAGUGCUUCGGCCCCGCGCUGCGCGGCGAGGGCGGGAACGGGCUCCUCGCAGCCAUGGAAGAGGCCAUCAAAAUAGCCGAGGACCCUUCUCGAGAUGGCCCCUCCCCAGCCAGCGGGUCCAGCAAAACCCCUGACACAGCGGAGGAGGACAACACCAUCCACAUGGGGAACGCCAUCAUGACCUUUUACGCAGCUUUGAUCGACCUGUUAGGACGCUGUGCCCCUGAGAUGCAUUUGAUUCACGCCGGCAAGGGGGAAGCCAUCAGGAUCAGGUCCAUUUUGAGGUCCCUGAUUCCACUGGGCGAUUUGGUGGGUGUGAUCAGCAUCACCUUCCAGCUGCCCACGAUAGCCAAAGAUGGGAAUGUGGCGGAGCCUGACAUGUCCGCGGGGUUUUGCCCAGAUCACAAGGCAGCCAUGGUUUUGUUCCUUGACAGGGUCUAUGGAAUUGAGGUUCAGGAUUUCCUCCUUCACCUUCUGGAGGUUGGCUUUCUGCCAGAUCUCCGGGCUGCUGCCUCCUUAGACACGGCUGCCCUGAGUGCUACUGACAUGGCCUUGGCCCUCCAUCGGUACCUCUGCACAGCCGUGCUGCCUUUGUUAACAAGAUGUGCCCCUCUGUUUGCUGGCACAGAGCACCACGCGUCCCUCAUCGACUCGUUGCUUCACACCGUGUACAGACUUUCCAAGGGCUGCUCCCUGACCAAAGCUCAGCGGGAUUCCAUAGAAGUUUGUUUGCUCUCUAUCUGUGGCCAACUGAGACCUUCUAUGAUGCAGCACUUACUCAGAAGAUUUGUGUUUGAUGUCCCGCUGUUAAAUGAGCAUGCAAAGAUGCCCCUUAAGCUGCUGACAAACCACUAUGAAAGGUGUUGGAAAUACUACUGUUUGCCUGGCGGGUGGGGCAGCUUCGGAGCCGCCUCUGAGGAAGAGCUGCAUUUAUCCAGGAAAUUGUUCUGGGGCAUGUUUGAUGCCUUGUCUCAAAAGAAAUAUGAACAAGAGCUUUUCAAGCUGGCUCUGCCGUGCCUGAGUGCGGUGGCGGGCGCACUGCCCCCGGAUUACAUGGAGUCAAACCAUGUGGGCAUGAUGGAGAAGCAGUCAUCCAUGGACUCCGAGGGCAACUUCAACCCCCAGCCUGUGGAAACCUCCAACAUCACGAUUCCUGAGAAGCUGGAAUACUUCAUUAACAAAUAUGCUGAGCACUCCCACGACAGGUGGUCCAUGGACAAGUUGGCCAAUGGGUGGAUUUAUGGAGAAACAUAUUCAGACUCAUCUAAAGUUCAACCAUUAAUGAAGCCAUAUAAACUAUUAUCUGAAAAGGAAAAAGAAAUCUAUCGCUGGCCCAUCAAAGAGUCUCUGAAGACGAUGCUGGCCUGGGGCUGGCGAAUUGAGCGCACGCGGGAGGGGGACAGCAUGGCCCUCUGCCACCGGACCCGGCGCAUCUCCCAGACCAGCCAGGUUUCUGUGGACGCUGCACAUGGGUACAGCCCUCGGGCCAUUGACAUGAGCAAUGUCACACUGUCCAGGGACCUGCAUGCCAUGGCAGAAAUGAUGGCUGAAAACUACCAUAAUAUAUGGGCAAAGAAGAAGAAAAUGGAACUGGAGUCCAAAGGGGGCGGGAACCAUCCCCUGCUGGUGCCUUACGAUACGCUGACCGCCAAAGAGAAAGCCAAGGACCGGGAGAAAGCACAGGAUAUCCUCAAGUUCUUGCAGAUCAACGGCUAUGUUGUGUCCAGAGGCUUCAAGGACCUGGAGCUGGACACGCCUACGAUUGAGAAGCGGUUUGCCUACAGCUUCCUCCAGCAGCUCAUCCGCUACGUGGACGAAGCGCAUCAGUAUAUCUUGGAGUUCGAUGGCGGCUGCAGAGGCAAAGGACAGCGCUUCCCUUACGAGCAAGAGAUCAAGUUCUUUGCUAAAGUUGUGCUGCCUCUCAUCGAUCAGUAUUUCAAAAACCACCGUUUGUACUUCCUGUCUGCAGCGAGCAGACCACUGUGCUCCGGGGCACACGCGUCAAACAAGGAGAAGGAAAUGGUGACGAGCCUGUUCUGCAAACUCGGAGUUCUUGUCAGGCAUAGGAUCUCACUGUUUGGAAACGAUGCAGCUUCCAUUGUCAACUGCCUUCACAUUCUGGGCCAGACUCUGGAUGCAAGGACCGUCAUGAAGACCGGCCUGGAGAGCGUCAAGGGCGCGCUCAGUGCGUUUCUGGACAGCGCGGCCGAGGACCUGGACAGGACCCUGGAAAACCUGAAGGAGGGCCAGUUCACGCACACCCGCACCCAGCCGCGGGGCGUCACGCAGAUCAUCAACUACACGACCGUGGCGCUGCUGCCCGUGCUGUCCUCCCUGUUCGAGCACAUCGGCCAGCACCAGUUCGGGGAGGACCUGAUCCUGGAAGAUGUGCAGGUGUCCUGUUAUCGAAUCCUGACCAGCUUAUAUGCUCUGGGAACGAGCAAGAGUAUUUAUGUGGAAAGGCAGCGAUCGGCGGUGGGCGAGUGUCUGGCAGCCUUUGCUGGUGCUUUCCCGGUGGCAUUUCUGGAAACUCAUCUCAACAAACACAACAGCUGCUCCAUCUACAAUACCAGCUCCUCGCGGGAGAGAGCAGCUCUCAAUCUGCCAGCCAACGUGGAAGACGUCUGCCCCAAUAUCCCGUCUCUGGAGAAGCUGAUGGAGGAGAUCGUGGAGCUGGCUGAGUCCGGGAUCCGCUACACGCAGAUGCCGCACGUGAUGGAAGUGAUCCUGCCCAUGCUCUGCAGCUACAUGUCCCGCUGGUGGGAGCAGGGCCCGGAGAGCAGCCCCGCGCGGGCCAGGCUAUGCUGCACCGCGCUGAACUCGGAGCACAUGAACACCCUGCUGGGCAACAUCCUGAAGAUCAUCUACAACAACCUGGGCAUCGACGAGGGCGCCUGGAUGAAGAGGCUGGCAGUGUUUUCCCAGCCGAUUAUAAACAAAGUGAAGCCGCAGCUCCUGAAAACGCACUUCCUGCCGCUCAUGGAGAAGCUGAAGAAGAAGGCGGCCAUGGUGGUGGCGGAGGAGGACCACCUGAAAGCCGAGGCCAGGGGGGACAUGUCCGAGGCCGAGCUGCUCAUCCUGGACGAGUUCACCACGCUGGCCAGGGACCUCUAUGCCUUCUACCCGCUCCUCAUCCGAUUCGUGGACUACAACAGGGCCAAGUGGCUCAAAGAACCCAGCCCGGAAGCCGAGGACCUGUUCCGCAUGGUGGCCGAGGUGUUCAUCUUCUGGUCCAAGUCCCACAAUUUCAAGAGAGAGGAGCAGAACUUCGUGGUCCAGAAUGAAAUCAACAACAUGUCCUUCCUCAUCUCCGACACCAAGUCCAAGAUGUCAAAGGCCGCUGUUUCCGACCAGGAGAGGAAGAAGAUGAGGCGGAAAGGGGACCGCUACUCCGUGCAGACCUCCCUCAUCGUGGCUGCGCUGCGGCGGCUGCUGCCCAUCGGGCUGAACAUCUGUGCCCCCGGAGACCAGGAGCUCAUUGCUCUGGCCAAGAACCGGCUGAGUCUGAAAGACACCGAGGAUGAAGUCCGAGAUAUAAUCCGCAGUAAUAUUCAUUUACAAGGCAAGUUGGAGGAUCCUGCUAUUAGAUGGCAGAUGGCUCUUUACAAAGACCUGCCGAACAGGCCCGAGGACAGCGCCGAUCCCGAGAAGACGGUGGAGAGAGUCCUGGACAUAGCGAGCGUGCUCUUCCACCUGGAGCAGGUGGAGCAUCCUCAGAGGUCCAAGAAGGCCGUGUGGCACAAGCUGCUGUCCAAGCAGCGGAAACGGGCGGUGGUGGCCUGCUUCCGCAUGGCCCCUCUCUACAAUCUGCCCAGGCAUCGGGCCGUCAAUCUCUUUCUUCAGGGGUACGAGAAGUCCUGGAUUGAGACAGAAGAGCAUUACUUUGAGGAUAAACUGAUAGAAGACUUAGCGAAACCUGGAGCAGAACCUCCGGAGGAAGACGAAGGCACCAAGAGAGUUGAUCCUCUGCAUCAGCUGAUCCUUCUGUUCAGCCGAACGGCCUUAACGGAGAAAUGCAAACUGGAGGAAGAUUUUUUAUACAUGGCAUAUGCAGAUAUUAUGGCAAAGAGUUGUCAUGACGAAGAUGACGAUGACAGUGAAGAAGAGGUGAAGAGUUUUGAAGUCACGGGAUCCCAGCGCAGCAAGGAAAAGGAAAUGGAGAAGCAGAAGCUUCUGUACCAGCAAGCCCGGCUGCAUGAGCGUGGCGCCGCCGAGAUGGUGCUGCAGACCAUCAGCGCCAGCAAAGGUGAAACUGGACCGAUGGUGGCUGCGACUUUGAAACUUGGAAUUGCGAUCCUCAAUGGCGGGAACUCCACAGUGCAGCAGAAAAUGCUCGACUACCUCAAGGAGAAGAAGGACGUGGGCUUCUUCCAGAGCCUCGCAGGCCUGAUGCAGUCAUGCAGCGUCCUCGACCUGAACGCCUUUGAGCGGCAGAACAAAGCUGAAGGGCUGGGGAUGGUGACCGAGGAGGGAUCAGGCGAGAAGGUUCUUCAGGACGAUGAGUUCACCUGCGACCUCUUCCGCUUCCUGCAGCUGCUCUGUGAGGGACACAACUCAGAUUUCCAGAAUUACCUGAGGACGCAGACUGGCAACAACACCACCGUGAACAUCAUCAUCUCCACCGUGGACUACCUGCUGCGGGUGCAGGAGUCCAUCAGUGAUUUCUAUUGGUACUACUCCGGGAAAGACGUGAUUGAUGAGCAAGGACAGCGGAACUUCUCCAAAGCGAUUCAAGUAGCAAAGCAAGUCUUUAACACUCUCACAGAGUACAUCCAGGGCCCGUGCACGGGGAACCAGCAGAGCCUGGCCCACAGCCGGCUCUGGGAUGCGGUCGUGGGCUUCCUGCACGUGUUCGCCCACAUGCAGAUGAAGCUGUCCCAGGACUCCAGUCAGAUCGAGCUCCUGAAAGAACUGAUGGACCUGCAGAAGGACAUGGUGGUCAUGCUGCUGUCCAUGCUGGAAGGUAACGUCGUGAACGGGACCAUCGGCAAGCAGAUGGUCGACAUGCUCGUGGAGUCGUCCAACAACGUGGAGAUGAUCCUCAAGUUCUUCGACAUGUUCCUAAAGCUCAAGGACCUGACGUCCUCCGACACGUUCAAGGAAUACGACCCCGACGGCAAGGGCGUCGUUUCCAAGCGGGACUUCCACAAAGCCAUGGAGAGCCACAAGCACUACACGCCGUCGGAGACCGAGUUCCUGCUGUCCUGCGCGGAGACGGACGAGAACGAGACCCUGGACUACGAGGAGUUCGUGAAGCGCUUCCACGAGCCGGCCAAGGACAUCAGCUUCAACGUGGCCGUGCUGCUGACCAACCUGUCGGAGCACAUGCCCAACGACUCGCGGCUGCAGACCUUCCUGGAGCUGGCAGAGAGCGUGCUGCGCUACUUCCAGCCCUUCCUGGGCCGCAUCGAGAUCAUGGGCAGCGCCAAGCGCAUCGAGCGCGUGUACUUCGAGAUCAGCGAGUCCAGCCGCACGCAGUGGGAGAAGCCGCAGGUCAAGGAGUCCAAGCGCCAGUUCAUCUUCGACGUGGUCAACGAGGGCGGCGAGAAGGAGAAGAUGGAGCUCUUCGUGAACUUCUGCGAGGACACCAUCUUCGAGAUGCAGCUGGCCGCCCAGAUCUCCGAGUCCGACCUCACCGAGCGCUCGGCCAGCAAGGAGGAGGGCGAGAAGGAGAAGCCGGAGGAGCAGAGCCCGAGGACGGGCUUCUUCUCGCUCCUGACCGUGCGCUCGGCCCUGCUGGCCCUCCGCUCCAACCUGCUGGCCCUCCUGCGCAUGCUCAGCCUCAAGAGCCUCAAGAAGCAGAUGAAGAAGGUGAAGAAGAUGACGGUGCGGGACAUGGCCACGGCACUCUUCGCCUCCUACUGGGGCGCGCUGGCCAGCCUGCUGCACGUCGUGGCCAGCGUCCUGCGCGGCUUCUCCCGCAUCGUGGGCAGCCUGCUGCUGGGGGGCAGCCUGGUGGAGGGCGCCAAGAAGAUCCGGGUGGCCGAGCUGCUGGCCGACAUGCCGGACCCCACGCAGGACGAGGUGCGGGGCGACGGGGAGGAGGGCGAGCGGAAGCCGCUGGAGGCCGCCCUGCCCUCGGAGGACCUCACCGACCUGAAGGAGCUGACAGAGGAGAGCGACCUGCUGUCCGACAUCUUCGGCUUGGACCUCAAGCGGGAAGGGGGGCAGUACAAGCUCAUCCCGCACAACCCCAACGCCGGCCUCAGCGACCUCAUGAGCAACCCGGACCCCGUUCCCGAGGCGCCAGAGAAAGUGCAGGAACAGGAGACAAAAGAGGAAGAAAAGGAAGAAAAAGAAGAAAACAAGUCGGAACCCGAGAAAGCCGAGGGAGAAGACGGAGAGAAAGAAGAGAAGGCCAAAGACGAGAAGGGCCGGCAGAAGCUGCGGCUGAUCCACACGCACCGCUACGGGGAGCCCGAGGCCCCCGAGUCCGUGUUCUGGAAGAAGAUCAUCGCUUAUCAGCAGAAGCUCCUGAACUAUUUUGCUCGCAACUUUUACAACAUGAGAAUGCUGGCCUUAUUUGUCGCCUUUGCGAUCAACUUCAUCUUGCUCUUCUAUAAGGUCUCCACUUCUUCUGUGGUUGAAGGCAAGGAGCUGCCCCCUCGCAGCGCAAGCGAAAGCGCCAAGGUCAGCAUCCCGGACGAGGGCGGUGGCGGGGAGGACGCGCCCGGCGUGCUGGCGGUGCACUACGUGCUGGAGGAGAGCAGCGGCUACAUGGAGCCCACGCUGCGCAUCCUGGCCGUGCUGCACACCAUCAUCUCCUUCUUCUGCAUCAUCGGCUACUACUGCCUGAAGGUCCCGCUGGUUAUUUUUAAGCGCGAAAAGGAAGUGGCUCGGAAAUUGGAAUUUGACGGGCUUUACAUCACAGAGCAGCCUUCGGAAGACGAUAUCAAAGGCCAGUGGGACCGGCUGGUAAUCAACACUCAGUCAUUUCCCAACAACUACUGGGACAAAUUUGUCAAAAGAAAGGUGAUGGACAAAUACGGCGAGUUCUACGGUCGGGACAGGAUCAGUGAGCUGCUGGGCAUGGACAAGGCCGCCCUGGACUUCAGCGACGCCCGCGAGAAAAAGAAGCCCAAGAAAGACAGCUCGCUGGCCGCGGUACUGAACUCCAUCGAUGUGAAGUAUCAGAUGUGGAAACUCGGAGUCGUUUUCACGGACAACUCUUUCCUGUACCUGGCCUGGUACAUGACCAUGUCCGUGCUGGGGCACUACAACAACUUCUUCUUCGCGGCUCAUCUUCUCGACAUCGCCAUGGGCUUCAAGACGCUGAGGACCAUCUUGUCGUCAGUCACGCACAACGGCAAGCAGCUGGUAUUAACCGUGGGCUUAUUGGCUGUGGUCGUAUACCUGUACACGGUGGUGGCAUUCAAUUUCUUCCGGAAAUUCUACAACAAAAGUGAAGAUGGAGACACGCCGGAUAUGAAGUGUGACGACAUGCUAACGUGCUACAUGUUCCACAUGUACGUGGGCGUGCGGGCUGGAGGGGGCAUCGGCGACGAGAUUGAGGACCCGGCAGGUGACGAGUAUGAGAUCUACCGGAUCAUCUUCGACAUCACCUUCUUCUUCUUCGUCAUCGUCAUCCUCCUGGCGAUCAUACAAGGUUUGAUCAUUGAUGCGUUUGGAGAACUCCGAGACCAGCAGGAACAGGUCAAGGAGGACAUGGAGACCAAGUGCUUCAUCUGCGGGAUAGGCAACGACUACUUUGACACGGUGCCCCACGGCUUCGAGACACACACGCUGCAGGAGCACAACCUGGCCAACUACCUGUUUUUCCUGAUGUAUCUCAUCAACAAGGACGAGACAGAGCACACGGGGCAGGAAUCUUACGUGUGGAAGAUGUACCAGGAAAGGUGCUGGGAGUUCUUCCCCGCUGGGGACUGUUUCCGGAAGCAGUAUGAAGACCAGCUGAACUAACUCAGACCGGCACCCGGAAACUGAGCACCCGCCCCCUCCGUGGCCCUCUGCCUCUCACUCACUCUCUCUGCCUCUCUGCCUCUCUCUCUGUGCCUCUCUCUCUCUCUCUCUCUCUCUGCCUCUCUGCCCCCACCCCCCCUCUCUCUGCCUCUCUCUGCCUCUCUCUUUCUCUGCCUCUCUCUGCCUCUCUCUCUAACUCUCUCUGACUCUCUCUGACUCUGUCUCUUGCAAACAUCCGCUGAUGUGAGACUUGCCGCCUUCCAUGCUUCCUGGGGGCAGUGGCUGUGCACCUGGCCGGGCCUUCCCCCGCUUGUGUAUUUUCUUUGAGAAUCACCACGGAAGAACCACCGUACUCAUCCGCAGACCACAUGGAACUCGGGAAAGAAAGCCAUCUGGACACUCGGUCACAACACGGACAGACGUCCUUCCAGGACGGGGAGCUCCCCGAGGGCGAGGUCAGGGGAAGGCGGGCCGCGCCCCGGGCUCCUCACGCCUCCGUCCGGGGAGGGACCCGGCGGUCCCCAGCUGCAGUGCCUCCGCCGGUGGCGAGGGAAACAGUGCCUUACUCAGUGGGCUGAGCUAUGCAGAAGACGCGUGCGUGGAGCAUCUUAUUUUCAUGUCCACUUGUUCUCCUUCGGUUGGUUUUGUGCGUUUUUUCCUUGUCCUUGUACUCGGUGGGGGAGGGUGGCGAAGCAGUCCGUGCACUUUCCAAGGAGCCGGUGGCCGGCCUCGUGACGAGGGGCUCCUCUCAUCCCCCCCCCCCCAUCACGCCCCCCGACGGCCCAGCUCCCCUCCCCGCCAUGCUCUGAGGCAACCCUGCAACUCGAUGAAACCGAUCCUCGUGUGCAACAGACCGCAGACACACACCUCCGACAGAUCUCACUGCAUGUCCAUGAUGCAAGUUUCCACCGACGGAGAAACCCUCCGAGGCCGGCUGGUCCCGCGAGAACGGUCCCCGUCACUGGUCCACGGCGAGACAGGGCGCCGUGGGCCCCCGAGUCCGCAGCCGGCACCGUCCACCCGCCGAGACCGCUGCGGACCUGAGCCAUCCUGGGGCCCUCUCUUCCCGCCAGCUGUGACCAGCGGCCGAGUGAGGACUUCUCGUCCGGCCAUUUCUCAAUAUCGAUGCUGAAGCAAUAUCCAUUCAGGGAGUUGGUCGGUUGCAUAAACCCCCGGGGGAUGGGAUCAGUCACUCCAUUGGCGUCCUUCCCAUGGAUGCUGGGAGGAAGGCAGUGGGAUGGAAGCAAGGCCACGUGGCCAACCUUGGGGCUCUUUUAAUUUAGGAUUGUAACACUGCUCUGAUUAAACUAUUUAACUAA